AUGGUCUCAUUUUUGCUGAAGGUCCUUUGCUUAUUUCACCUCACCUUGGCAUGGGCCAACCCAGAUAUCGAGCGUACAAAGGUCCACGAGGAUAUGCUAUGGCAGCGGUCCGCGCACCACAUGGCAAAUGUGGAGGUCAACAAGGUGGCUUUGGGCGGCCUUCUAGCGCCGCUGCUUAGCUACAAGUUCUUGCUGCCCAUGCCGCAGCUCCGAGCUGGUUUCGCCUAUGCCGGAUCGCGAACACGUUUGCGGCGUUUUGUGCGGGAUCUUGUUCACGGACAUCGACCCCUGAAGAUAGGCGCCGUCGGGGGAAGGUGGGCACUCGUCCGCAAGAUCCUUCAUGUCCAUUUGAAUGGUGCCAUUGUUUUACUGCACAUCAAAACCAUCCUCAUUCCGAUAGUGGCUGCCGAGCCGAGCUCUCUUCCCAUUUUAAACUUUAAGGGUAAGAAACGCAAAAAUUCAAAAUAUAAAAACCGCAGUGUUACGUGGGGUCAAGGCGUGAGCAACCGAGCCAACGCCAGCUGGUUUGGACUUGUGGCGCAUUGGCUGGCACGCGGCUAUCCGUCCGUAAACAUCACCGCACGCAAUGGUGCCGUACCUGCCACGCAAGCGUCGUACAUGGUCAUGUGUCUUGACCAAUGGGUGGACCCCGACGUUGACUUGGUGUUCGUAGAGUACAUCCUGAACAACGGUAUCGACGACAGAGUGUUCAACAAUCCCGUGGUCCAAGUUAUGGAGCGCUUAAUUAGGCGACUGAUGGAUCUGCCGGGCAAGCCGGCUGUGGUGUUGAUGCAGGCGAGUAUAUUCGUCCGUCUGUCUGUCUGUCUGUCUCUCCGUCCGCCCAUCUCACCGCGUAGGAGUGGGAGACUCAACCGCACACGGCACUUUCCAUGCCGCACUCACCCUAGUCCGGGCACAGGCGCGCUGGCACAGUACUACGACGUGCAGUACUUGUCCUUGCGUACGGCCUUGUACCGCCUGGCUGCCGUAGACCAAAAGGACGGGUUUCGAUGGAAUCAGAUGUUUGUCGAUCACCACCCGGGCGACGCAGGCAAUCACGUCAUGGCGGAUCUAGUGGCGUACAUGAUCCAAAAUACGGCACUGGAUCUCAUGCUGGAUCCCAUAACGGUGGCGGAGACCCAGGCGCUGGACCAAGCCCUGCCGCCACCCAUGUACGACGGUAACGUCCCGCCCGCCGCCUCCAUGUGUCUGACGGGCGAGCGCUUCUCGGACGCGGUGGUGUUUUCCUCGGGCUUUAACUACACCAAUGAAGGCACCAGCCCCGACAAGCCGAAAUGGGGCUACGUGGCGACUAGCCCGGGUGCGACUCUGGUGAUGAGGUUCGACACCUCCCGCCCGCACAUGUCGCCGAGCGAUCUGGUUUCCUUGUACCUCUUUCAUCUCAAGUCGUACGAGCACAUGGGCAUGGCGGGCCUUACCUGCACCGCCGGCUGUUACUGCGAUGCCGUGGAGGUGGACGGGCACGUGGCGGAGCACUGGUCCCAGAUGUGCCAUGCGCGUUUCCAGGUCAGCCAGGCCGCAGCGUGUGAGGUGACCCUGACCGUGCUGUCUACGACCAACAGCGGCGAGCACAAGUUCAAGGUGUCCGGAAUGAUUUUGUCCGAGGACCACGACUCUGCCAAGAUGAUGGAUGGCACAGCCAACCCGGAAGGCCGUCCCUACGUCCAGCUCGAUGGUCAGCCGGAGAACUUGCGCAGGCGGCGCAGCCUCAUGCUGGGGACUGCUGCGUCUGUUGCUGCGCAUGCGGACGCUGAUGCUGCCUCUCCCUCGCGUUCAUGAAAAACAAAUCGCAUCGCAAUGGGCUGCUGGUGCUGGUUUGCUGGUGCAGGUGGUGAAGAUCUUUUGGAUCUGCGAUCUGGAUCUGAUUGCAGUAUUGGAUUCCAGCGGAAAAGAAUGUUUGUUUCCCUGGUUCAUGCCUGCUGGCCCCGAGGGUGUCUGGCUGGCUGGGGGCAACAGGUCCAGAGAACCUUUGGGCUCGACGCGGUCCAUCACGAUGUCUUCCCUGGGGGAUGCAAUUUGCAAAUCAGCUCUCAGGGAAGGGGGGGGGAUGGGCUGUUUGGCGUUACUUUGAGGCGCCGGUGCUGGCUCGGAUUCGGACGUACGUACAUGCAGUAAAGAUUCUACUGCUUCAGCGCUGCGAUUGUUGGGGCUAUGUCCUGGGGGGGAUGGAUGGUGUUGUACGCUUAUAUUAACGUUGCUGCAUGCAGCGCAGCCAAGCUGAUGCUGAUCUGCCCCAGAUGGUGUUGUUUUUGUGAUUGCUGUUGCUGUUUCUUCCUUUUUAAUGCAUUUACAUAUUGGAUUUGAAUUUGACCCUCUGUUGAUGAAAAUGAUCCCUGAUGCUCUUUUGCUCUGAUAUUUUGGAGUUGGGGUGCGCUAUGUCUCAGAGCCUAUCUUCAUCGACCAUUCCAAAGACCUUGUGGUGGCGUCGUCAUAUACCGCAACUAUAUCUGCAUUUUACCGUGCUGGUUGUGGAGCGUAUGUGCACAUAUCUGCAUGACCUUUCUUCACCCACAGCUCCUGACUUCUGCUUCUUUUGACUAUAGCACGCGGGGCGUGGACUGCAGGUGGUGUAGAAUUCGACACGGAUGGUAUGAUGCAUGAUGUGAUGGUAUUGUAACGGCUGGGCUU